AUGGCCGUUGCAUCCAUCGCCUGUUGGAUCCUGUUUGCUAUUUACGUGGUUGCAAUUGCUGCAUCUGAAAUUACUUUCAGAUACUUGAACGCCAAGUACAAGUGGAUUAGAAGAGAAUCCAGAUUAUUAACUGCUCUUCUUGAAGAUUUUGACCAUGUUUCGCGAUCGCGGAACGAAAUAAUACAGAAAGCCAAUCAUCAGCUUUUGGAUCCCCAACUCAUCCAAGCUGGGAUGACUGCACGAGUUCUGAAUGAAUGGGAGGAAGGCUGGAUGAACAAAGCAAGAGAAGUAGCCUCCGAGGCAACUCGGUGUGUUCGAAUACUGGGAAACAGAAGAACCUCUCCCAAGUGGUUUGUUUUAAUCUCAACUGAUCUGGUACCGAUGCUUCAGCUGGCCCUUCGGAUGAAGGCCCUCAAUCAUUUCCUUGGGAAGAAGAAACUCGACGUUGACCCCGGGAUAAACCCACUCAAUAGUCUCCUCUGGAAGAAGAAAAUAAGUGCCAGCGACAUCUGCAGAUCACUGGAGCAGUCCAGGUCAUGGGUUAGUAGCCUGCAGAACAGAUCUGUGGUUGGUGAGAUGUUGGAGCAGUCCACGCCCUGGCCCGGGCCACCUGUUAGCUUAAGAGCUGAGGAAUUGAUCUCCUCUAUAAAGAACCUGAUCGCUGAAAACCCGGAAUUCGUCAACUCCAGUACCACAAUGCAUUUAGAGCUGCUGCAUGCUUUUAUGAAAGAUUUGCAACCCCUCAGACUGGAAACUGAAAUGGAGAAGUCCUGGGUGGUGGAAGCAAACGAGACCAUCGACGAAGCAAACGAGGCCAUUCACACCAUAAACAUUACAGCAGCAGAUCAGAGAAGUUGGUGGCUUUCAGUUGUAGGGAUAGGCGGAAGCUUAAGGAGGUCAUCCUCCGCGUCGGGACCUGGAUCUCUGACCUCCUAG